GUUUUUUGUUUUGUUCACAUUCAGAUAAUUUUAACUGUUAAGACUGAACUGUUUUUCCAUAUUACCAUAUCACAUUUUUCACCACAGGUUGCCAGACUUCAGUACAUCUCUCCUGGUCUAUGAAAUCACAUUUUAGGUAGGAAUUCAUUUGGGUGCAACUGUGUUUUUAAGGAGGAAUUCAACAGAUGCUAGAAGACUGCUGCUCUUUUUUCUGUCUUCUUUGAACCGUGUUGUGCUGGCAUUCGCCGCUCAUGUGGCCGACAGGAGCAGGCAGCAGGCUGCCCUGUCCGCGGGACUCGUCACUCCGCAGGGCGGCCCUUUGUGGAAAUGUCCUCGCGAUCUCUCCUCACCACGUCCCGACAGGCAGGAGUGUCCGGGUCUUUAUAUGUGGCAACCCCGAGGACACAGAAGCUGAAAGAAAUUCACUGAGAGAACGCGUUUAUCCUAAACUACGGGAAUUCUGCAGGGAAAACUAUGGGCUAGAAUUCCAGGUUGUGGACCUAUACUGGGGGAUAGAGCCAGAGGAAUGGGAUAGUCCUGAACUCCAGAGGAUCAGAAUGAGACUACUGGAAGAGUGCCUGAAAACAUCUGCAGGUCCAUGUUUUGUUGCACUUGUAGGGGAAAAAUAUGGCAGCAUCCGAAUUCCAGGUGAGGUUGAAUCAUCUGAGUUUGAAAUGAUUCUGGACGCUGCAGUAGAAGCUACGUUAGACACCAGGAUUUUGGAGGAAUGGUACUGUAGAGACGAAAACGCUGUCCCACCAGCAUACUACCUCAAACCCAAAUCUGAAAUGCUGAAAAAUGAACUUAAUGCAAUGGACUCCACCAAUGAUUCACAGAAUGACAAGACGUGGCAGAACAUAUCUGAGGAAAUCAAAAAGAUUUUCAAAACAGCAGUUUCUUCACUACAGAAAAAGGGAACCAUGAAUAACAACCAGGCAAAGAGAUUCCUCUGCUCUGCACUUGAAGAUGAAUUGGACUUUGCUUUGGGAAAACAAACCCCUGCAUUUCUAAAAAAGUGUGUGUGCUACAUUCGGAAAAUCGCUAACUUUGAUAGGCAUGCAAAACUCCCAGAGAUGGGCCGAUAUAUGGAUACAAUAGUGGAGAAUGAUAAAGUUGUGAGAAACCAAGAAGCCCACGAGAGACUCGUUAAACUCAGGGAUGAAUUUAUUCCUACUGUUGUUGCAUCUUCCAACCUUCGAGUCUACACGUCUGUUACACAUUGUGACAUGAAACUUGGAUAUUCUCAAGAGGUAGAAAACCAUUACGUGGAAGGCCUUUGUAAACAGUUUUAUGAAGAUAUGGUCGACAUAAUCCAGGCCACAGUCCAGCAAAACUUUGACACUGAAACAGAUCCACUCUACGAUGAAGUACUGCAACACUUAUCUCUGUGUAAAACGUAUGCCUCUUUCUAUGAGCACCGAUGUGAAGCUUUGGAUAUGAUAUACAAGUACAUUUUGCCCAACAAGGCAGGACGCAUGAACCCCCUAAUAGUAUAUGGAGGACCUUGCACUGGGAAAACUUUGCUUCUCGCGGAGGUGGCAAAACAGGCUUAUGCAUGGCUUCAGAAAGAAAUGGGACCAGACACGGAUCCAGUAGUAAUUGUAAGAUUUUUGGGAUCCACUGAAGUUGGUGCAGAACUUAGAAGUCUACUGCAAAGCAUCUGUGAACAAAUAGCAAUCAACUACAGAUGCCUUGUACAUAGUAACCCACAUAAGAUCCACGAUCUGAAGGAGCUGCUUGUAAACCUGAUGAAUGAGUCUUCAUACCAUAGACCCUUGAUAAUUAUAUUGGAUGCUGUAGAACAGCUUUCAGACAGCGACGAAGCACGCAAACUGUGGUGGCUUCCCAUCCACCUUCCACGGUCUGUAAGGAUUGUUGUCUCAACACUACCAAACAAACAUGGGAUUCUACAGAAAAUGAGGUGCCUUAUUCAUGACGAAGACAAUUAUGUUGAGCUGACGCAGCGUGACAGAAAAAUGUGCAGCCAGAUACUGAAACACCAACUGUUAAAAGUGAAACGUAAAGUCACCUCAGGGCAGCAAAUCUAUGUAAACGAGGCGCUGGCAAAGUGCACUUUGCCUAUGUUUGUAAAUUUGAUCUUUCGAGAGGUCAUGCAUUGGAGAUCGCACAAAGAUGUUGACGAUUCAUCGCUUUGUGUAACUGUACACGAAAGCAUAGAGAAGCUAUUUUGGUCUCUUGAGAACAAACUUGGUUCCAGGUUUGUGCUAAGAGCACUUGGCUACAUUUCAAUGGCCAAAACCGGUCUAAGUGAAAUGGAGCUGGAAGACAUACUUUCACUUGACAAUAGUGUUCUCAGUGAAAUCAUAGUCAGCACCAACCUGCAAAACCCAUUACGGAUCUCAUACAUUCUCAUAGCAAAACUGAAGGAAGAUUUGAAUGGUUACCUUGUGGAAAGACAAGUGAGGAAUGUGACUUUGCUUGUGUGGGCCAACAGGCAUCUCCAGCUGAUUGCCCAGAAACUUUACCUCAGCAAUGAAGAGGAUGUACAUCAAAUGCACAGUCUCUUGGCUGAGUAUUUUCUAGGUGUUUGGUCAGGAGGAAGAAGAAAAAUAUUCAACUGUGAAAGUAAUAAUUUUGGCUCCCUCGACAAGAAUCAAAUGAACCUCAAACAUUGUGAAAAACCAAGUGUGGAGCAGUCUUCCUUUGAUAGACAGACACCAGAGCAGCCAUGGGUGUUUCAGUGUAAUUCACUAGAACCUGACAUCUUCUUUGUCAAUCACCGUAAGAUGACAGAGCUCUUACAUCACCUGACAAGGAGUGGGCGGACAGAAGACCUGAUGUUUGGUGUCAUUAUGAAUUUCAGCUGGCUCUACACAAUGAUAAAAAUAGGUCAAUUUGACAAAGCACUCUCAGACAUCGACCUUGCUUACAAUUAUUCACAAGAGAAGGAGCUCAAGUUUCUUGCAAGUACUCUUCGCAGUAUAAGGUUAAAGGUGAUGAAGAACCCAAGUUCCCUUUCUGCUGAGUUGCAACAGAGACUUUUGCCAGUUGUUACUUCCUUGCCAAAGCUUAGACACCUCCUGCUAGAGUGUGACAAAGAUGGUCCCAAAUAUUGCUCUAUUGUUCCUUUGCAUUCAUCCAUGGAUGUCACCUACAGUCCAGAGCGUCUUCCUCUGUGUUCAAGUUACAUGCAGAUUGUUGAGGUUCUCCCAACCUUCAGCCCUGGUAUUGUCAUUGCUGCUUUGGAAAAUGGAUCUAUCAGCACCUGGGAUGUCGAGACUCGUCAGCUUCUAAGGCAGAUUGACACGGCUCAUGCUGUUGUCCUUGGGAUAAAACUUACUUCGGAUGAGAAAUACCUUGUUGUGGCUACAACUAAAAACACACUGCUCGUAUAUGAUAACCAUAAGUCCUGUCUUUUGUCUGAAGUUGAAAUCAAAGGUUCAAAACAUUGUGGAGCUGGUGGAGCGGUCACAUUUAUAAAUGGUUUCACAUUAUCUAGCAAUCAUGCUCUUGCAUGGCUGGAAGCGAGCAAAGAUGUCAAUGUAAUAGAUCUGCUCUUUGGAUGGCCCUUAUACCAGUUUCACUGUUGGUAUGAAGUCACUUGUGUUCAGUGUUCUCCGGAUGGAGUAUAUGCAUUCUGUGGGCAAUACCUCAAUACCACAACUAUAUUUAAUUUAGGGAGUGGGGAAAAGCUUUCCACAGUGACAUCUGAAUUUUCUGGAGGAUUUGUGAAAUCCAUUCUUAUUCUCGAUACACUUCAAGAAAUGGUGAUGAUUGAUAAUGAAGGAAAUCUCUCAGUUUGGAACACCGAAGAAGUUACAAACCCCCGGAUAAUUGAGGACUUCGACUGCAGUGGAGAAGACAAUGAAGUGGUCAGUAUUGAGCUGUCUGAAGACCAAAGUGCAAUUCUCAUAUGCAAGGCAAAAAGCAUUGAGGUUUUAGACACUGGCUUGUGGAAAAUGGCAGAGAAGUUUAAGGCAAAACGGAAUGAGCGUUUUGUUUCUGCAGUCCUGUCCAAAACUGCAGAGUGUAUUGUUGCUUCCAUGGAAAAUUCCUCAUCCAUCUUUGUGUGGCGGAGAGACAGUGGUCAGUGUAUGGCAAGCUUAGAAGACAUAUCAGGAUACAUUGUUAAGUUAGUUAAAUCUAAUCAUCACAACUUGCUGUUGUCCCUUACCACCAGUGGCGUAGUUUCAAUUUGGGACGUAGAUAUCAUUACAGCCAUGUCAAACAUAGACAAAACUGGAAAGCCAAUCCAAAGCCUGUUGUUACCUGGUAGAGGUGAACUGAUGUAUACACUUGAUGGGUCUGAAGCAGUUCAUAAGUGGAACUUUAGCACAGGUUUCAUUGAAACUGUGUUCAAGCAUGAGGGGAUUGUGGAAAACUGUGUACUGACAUCAUCGGGUGAUCUAAUGGUCACAUCAGAUGACAAAUGUAGCCAGUAUGUUUGGCACACUGCUACCGGUGAAAACAUUUUCCGUAUUAAUGGACAGAAAAUAUCCCAGCUUCUGAUUACCCACAAUGAUCAAUUUGUUGUCUCGCUUUGUGAGCAAAAUGCAUCUAGAGUGUGGAGAUUAGCCACAGGCCACAAAGUAUGCAACAUACUUGUAGCAUUACAGAAUGCAUUCAUCACAACUGCAAAUACAUUCCUGGUUGGCAUGACAAAGAACAAACUCUUAGCUGUGAGCUUGUGGUCAGGAAGUGUAACAAAGAAGUUUUGCUGCGAUGAUGGCACCUCCAUUGUCAAUUUUAAACUCAUACCUGAUUGCCCUGAUUAUGUAGUUUUUAUUACGUCCACAGAAACUGUUUACAUCUGGAGUGUGGCAGAAGAGUCCAUCUGCAGGCGAGUACAACUUCCUACCAAUUUUCUGAAAACUCUGGAAGACUUUCAAAUUUCCCCCAAUGGAAAGCUGGGAAUUGUGUCCCGAGGGGAUGAGAAUAUAAAUGUUCUGGAUUUACACAGCGGGAAGCUCAGAAUUGUCCAUGCCUCUGGUGUCAUCUGGCGCCAGAGGCUGUCUCGGGACGGUCGCUACCUGGUGUACAUUUGCUUUCAGAAUGGAGAUGAUGAUGAUGACAGUGUUGCAGCCUCCAGUCUGAUUGUAAUGAGACUGGCUGAUGGCAAGAGCAUUGGUUCUUGUUCACUUUACAAAACUCCGACCUUCCUUGGUCUGUCUCAGAGACAUUUGAAUAUCAUAGUGGGAUUUGAGGAUGGAAGCCUUGGCACCUACACGGUCGUGGAUCGAGUUGAUGCAGCCUUAAAGAUCAACAUCGCUACUUCAAAUAGCCGUCAGAUUGUCAACAACGCAUCCCAAAAAGUGCGACCCAAGUGUGGAACUUUUCCUUUUAAGACACUAGCAGAUUGUGUUUGGAGGGAAUCUACUGAGGUUUUUUCAAGAGACAGUCCCAUAAAUGUGUCAGACUCCGGUGAGGCAGACACCACCCCAACAAAAAAACAGAACUAUUGCUCCGACCGGGUGAGCUCCGCUAUCGACUGCAAAAGCCAGGACUUCCUAUCUGAGAACUGAGUUUACAAAUGUAAUAAAACACAGAGGAGUACAGUGCAGAUACCCAUUUUGAAAUAAUGUUGAUCAAAGUGAUCUGAGGACUGUUUAAAAAACAAAUACUGUAUGCACAGCAGCAGCUAAACAACCACAGUGUUCUGAGGUAGACACUAGUUAAAACAUCUUGCUGAAAUAAAGAUUCUUACAAUAAGACACAUGGGGCCCUAUUUUAACAUUGAUAAUCAUCCAGAAUAUCAAACUGUAUACAAAACAUUCUUUCAAUAACUCAUCAGUUAAAGCCUUGCGAAUAGGGCCCAUGGUUGAAUAAUCCUUAAUAAGUGUAGCAAUAGCCAGCUUUACUAUAUACUUAAUGGCUGUUUGAUACCAAAUGUGUAUUGUUUUGGUUAAUCAACCUCAAUAUAACAGAAUACCAUGAAGUGCUUUUUCUGCUGAUGGCAGUGGUAUGAUCAUUCUAACAAAAAGUAUUAUAAAUGAACAGUUACCAUUUCAGCCAUUUAUGACUAUGUUAUAUUUUUUUCUAAAAGUGUAAUUGUUCUAAUACAAGCACAUUAUAACAAAACCAUUAUUCACCGGAAUUAUCCCGAUUAAAACCAUGAUCUUUUCAUUCAUCAUAAUGUUUCUGAAUUUACAUCAGCAAAUAAAACAUAUACAUCAUGUAUCAACAUUACAACAUCAUAUUAUUUUUCAAUUUGAAAUAAAACUAAAAUAAAAAGCAGUUUUUAAUGUGGCUUUCGUAUGCAGAUAGCAAGUUAAUUGCCUGAAAAUUUCAAAUGGUUUGAAAAAGCUUGAACCAAAUGUUUAAGAACUAAGCAUAAAUCAUAUGCAACAGAUUUUAAACACAUUUUGUAUUUAUAUUCUUAACAUUGUACUGUUAAUGUUGUGCUUUUUGUGCAAUAUACUUAAACCGUUACAAUAAACAAAGAGGUGUGUAAAAUCUGUUGUUUAAGAUGUAUUUUUUAAUUCUUAAACAUUUAGUUUUAUAGUGCAUAUAAGAAGAAUAUAGUUACUGAACUGAAUAACAAAAUAUUGAACCAGUAACUUAGUAAAAACUUCAGCUUGUCAAAAGCUGCAAUGUAUUGGUUAUACAGUGGCUUGACUUGAGUCAAUUUUUUGUGAUGCAGUACUUUGAUACAGUACAUUGAAGUACAAUACUACUGUAUACUUUUAAAAAAUUCAAUUGCUGUCUUCACUUUUAGCUCACUUUCUCCUUUAUGAUGUAGUAUGGUUCUGUAUAUAAUUCCAAGUCUGGUGGUGUUUAUUCAAUUAUAUUUAUUCUUUAUAUAGUAAUACAGCUUAAUACGUUGCCUUUGCCUUGCUUAGAGGGCCAUACAUACCCUUACAGCUACCCAGCACAUAACUAACCCCUUGCCUUUCUUCAAGAAGAAAAACAUGAUACUGCAUAUAGUUCAAGAACACAUGUAUCUUAGAAUAGCAUGAUUCAGAAAAUGAUGCUUCUGGUAGAGUUAGUUUCAGCUGAUAGCUUGAAUUCGAGGUUGCUGAUGUAGCAUGAAAGUGAUGCCCACACAAGAAACGUGUUAAUCAUACCAUCUAAAAAAUAAAUAUAAUUAACACUGAAAAAUAGUAUUGUUUACAAAAGAAAUGAUU